AUUUAUCUUACAAUUCAAAAUUUUAAUUUUUAAUUUUUAAUCUCAACUUAUUAAUUAUUGGAGUCACCCUUUCUCAACUGUACUUUUAUACCUGUUUCACCAUGCAUUCCCCCUUGCAAAUCACGAGUCCCCACCCCCACCGUUUCAACUUUCAAGCCCAUGUGGCCUUCGGGAGACAAACCCACCCACUUUGGCUUAACAACACAGCUGCGAGCCUUCGUGAUGAUCCCUACAGAUUCUAUAACUGGAGUGUGACAUACGGUGACAUCUACCCACUUGGAGUUCGACAGCAGGGCAUACUCAUCAAUGGGCAAUUCCCGGGUCCUGAUAUUCACGCUGUUACUAAUGAUAAUCUCUUCAUCAACGUCUUUAACAGCUUAAACGAGUCUUUUCUUCUUUCCUGGGCUGGGAUUCAGCAGAGGAGGAAUUCAUUUGAGGAUGGUGUGUUUGGAACAACAUGCCCCAUCCCACCAGGGAAGAACUUCACAUACAUUCUCCAAGUGAAGGAUCAAAUAGGAAGCUUCUAUUACUUCCCAUCUCUUGUAUUCCACAAGGCUGCUGGUGGGUUUGGUGGGAUCAGAAUCCUUAGCCGGCCGCUGAUUCCAGUUCCCUUCCCGGAUCCCGCCGGCGAUUACACUGUUCUUAUUGGAGAUUGGUACAAGGCUAAUUACACGGUUUUGAAGACUCGAUUGGAUCGUGGGCAUAAGCUGCCUUUACCUGAUGGAAUCCUCAUCAAUGGCCGAGGACCUGGUGGUGCCUACUUUAGUGUUGAGCAAGGAAAGACAUACAGGCUUAGGAUAUGCAACGUUGGGUUGCAAAAUUCCCUCAACUUCCGCAUUCAAAACCACAAGAUGAAAUUGGUAGAAGUGGAAGGAACACAUACUCUCCAGACUUCAUACUCCUUCCUUGAUGUUCAUCUUGGCCAAUGCUACUCUGUCCUAGUUACUGCUGAUCAGCCUGCACAUGACUAUUAUGUUGUGGUCUCCACCCGCUUCACCUCCAAGAUACUCACCACAACUGGAGUCCUCCAUUACAGUAACUCUGCUGGUUCAGUAUCGGGUCCAAUCCCAGGUGGACCCACCAUCCAAGUUGACUGGUCUUUGAAUCAAGCCCGUUCUAUCAGGACUAACCUUUCAGCUAGUGGACCAAGGCCUAACCCACAGGGGUCAUACCACUAUGGUUUGAUUAACACAACCAAGACCAUCAGGCUUGCAAAUUCUGCUGGUCAGGUUAAUGGGAAACAAAGAUAUGCUGUCAAUAGUGUAUCCUAUGUAGCACCAGACACUCCCAUGAAGCUAGCCGACUACUUCAAGAUUGGAGGAGUGUUCCGAGCUGGAAGCAUCUCUGACAAUCCUACUGGUGGAGGUAUAUACCUUGACACAUCAGUCCUGCAAGCUGACUACAGAGCUUACGCUGAAAUCGUGUUUCAGAAUGAUGAGGAUAUUAUACAGAGCUGGCACCUUGAUGGUUAUGCUUUCUUUGUUGUUGGCAUGGAUGGAGGGCAAUGGACAACUGACAGUAGGAACCAGUACAACCUCCGGGAUGCAGUUUUCCGGUGCACCACUCAGGUAUAUCCCAAGUCAUGGACUGCCAUAUAUGUGGCACUAGACAAUGCAGGAAUGUGGAACCUGAGGUCCGAGUACUGGGCUAGGCAGUACCUCGGACAGCAACUUUAUUUGCGUGUGUAUACAGAAUCAACUUCACUCAGGGAUGAAUUCCCUGUCCCAAAGAAUGCCAUUCUUUGCGGUAGGGCAAGUGGCCACAGCACAAGACCUUUCUAAACGAACUUAGAAUAAAAGAGGAUCCACGAUUGGAUUGGUAAGGAUAACCAAUCUAGCUUAGGUGGAUGAGGAGUUGAGUUUUGCUGGUGAUCUUAUUUAUUUAGAGCGAGUUAAUGGUGCUUGCUUAUGUCUCAGAGAGUGUACUACUAGAACUUUGUAAGUCCUCAGCUCGAGGUCACAUUCUUUAUUCACUAUAGACUGUAUCGCCAUUGUUAUUGCUCAAGUUUCCACUGUUAAAGUGUGAUUCUCUUGUUUGUUUAGGCUUUGUAAUAACAAGUGUGUAAUGCAAUCAAUGGUUGCUUGUAGAAGCCUUAAUAUAUAACUCUUUUUUUC